AACGAACAGGGAGGCGACAUGAGAGCCCUAUUGGCGCCGGAGGGUAGAACCGAGUGUGCUGGGAGGAUGUGUAUUGUGGGGAUCCCGAGUCAUAAUACCACCACAGGCUAGAAAGAGGGUACUGGAGGAGUUGCACGGGGUCACCCGGGGGCCACACGCAUGAAAGGAUUAGCAAGAAGUUAUGUGUGGUGGCCAAAGAUGGGCCAAGAAAUCGAGCAACACGUCAAACUUUGCAGCAGAUGUCAAAGCCACACUACCACUCCAGUUAAGGCACCAUUACACCCAUGGGCGUGCCUUGAGAAACCCUGGACCAGACUACACGUGGACUUUGCAGGCCCAUUGAUGGGGAGGCAAUUCUUGGUAGUGGUGGAUGCUUUUACCAAGUGGCUGGAGGUGGAGGUUUUACCAUCCAUUACGGUGUUAUCCACCAUCAAAAGUCUGCAGCGCAUAUUUGCAACACAUGGGAUCCCAGAUAAGUUCGUAAGCGAUAACGGACCCGCGUUUGUAAGCAAGGAGUUCAAGCAAUUUAUGGAAGGAAACGGAAUCACUCACAUAACGUCAGCACCCUAUCAUUCAUUCACGAAUGGUCAGGCAACGGGCCAUCGAGACAUUCAAAAGCGCAUUGAGGAAAAUAAGGAAGGAAUACAGAUCAUUGGAGAGUAAAGUGGAUCGCUUUUUAUUUCGGUACCGGCUAACACCACAUACAACCAUGGGGGAACCACCUGCAGUACUGCUGAUGGGUCGACUGCCGCAUAGCAGAUUGGACAUACUACGAUCAGAUGUGGGGGAGUGGACCCAGCAGAGACAGGAACAACAACGUUACCAACACAACCGAACCAACAGGGAACGUACCUUGGGCAUAGGACAGCCGGUGUUCUUGAUAAAGUUUGGCACGGGGGAGCCGUGGGUGACGGGGACGGUAGAGGAACAAACCAGGGCGGUGUCCUACACAGUACAUCUGCCCGAUGACCGCAUAGUGAGAAGACACUUAGAUCACCUUCGAAAUUGGGCAACACAGGACGAAGCAGGGGGAGAGACUGAGGCUCUAGUUGACAGGACGCAACAUCAUACAAGCCAAAGACAAGACCCGGGGCAGGAAAGCAUAGACAUGAAGGAAGCGGAAAGGACCAAACAGAGUGAGUUACGUCAGAGCAGAACUGGUGGUAAGCAAGGGACAACCCAGCAGGAGUCACCCCCUAAAGCCGGUGAGGAACAAUGCCGUGCCAGGGAGGAGAUCCAAACGGAGACAGAGAGGGCUUCAGAGGAGUCUGGAGAGAUCACCCCAGUCCGGAGAUCACAUCAAGAGCGGAGAGCUUCCAAUAGACUAGACUUGUAGUUGCGGGUAUGAACUAAAGUAGAAUGGUUAGAUGUAGCUUUAAGGGGACGGAUGUAGUAGAUUGAUACGGGCAUUAGAGGCCCGCCCCGUGUGUGGUGUGCGGUUGUGCGUUAGUGUUCUGGCGGGAGUUGUACUAGUGGUUGGUAAUACAAUAACGGCGAAAA